CUUUUUUCUCGUUACUAUAUGACCAUUGAUAUAUUGACCCUAUCUCUUAUAAUCAGAUCUCAUCUUCAUCUCUUUGUGAAUUCUUUUAUUGUUUGUCGUGCAAGUAACAAAGAUCAAGAUGAUAUCAAGAUUUUCUCUUCUUCUGUUCUUGUUCUUGGUCAUAGUUCCUCUAUCAAAAUCUUCAAUCUUCAAAACCUUCAUCAAAUCCUCUCCUUCCUCAGUCGUCUUCCCUCUCUCCGGCAACGUCUUCCCUCUCGGAUACUACUCAGUCUUAAUGCAAAUAGGAAGCCCUCCAAAGGCAUUUCAAUUUGAUAUUGAUACCGGAAGCGAUCUCACUUGGGUUCAAUGUGAUGCUCCUUGCAGUGGUUGCACUUUGCCUCCUAAUCUUCAGUACAAGCCUAAAGGAAACAUUAUCCCGUGCUCAAACCCGAUCUGUACAGCUCUUCACUGGCCUAACAAGCCUCAUUGCCCAAACCCGCAAGAACAAUGUGACUAUGAAGUUAAAUAUGCUGAUCAAGGUUCAUCAAUGGGUGCACUUGUUACCGAUCAGUUUCCUUUAAAACUCGUAAAUGGCUCGUUCAUGCAACCUCCUGUAGCAUUCGGGUGUGGUUAUGAUCAGAGUUACCCUAGUGCACAUCCUCCGCCCGCGACUGCUGGAGUUUUGGGACUUGGAAGAGGGAAAAUCGGUCUCUUGACACAGCUUGUCUCCGCGGGACUAACAAGAAAUGUGGUUGGACAUUGCUUAAGUUCUAAAGGUGGAGGCUUUUUGUUCUUUGGAGACAAUCUUGUUCCUUCCAUUGGUGUGGCAUGGACACCAUUAUUAUCACAAGACAACCACUACACGACCGGACCAGCCGAUCUUCUCUUCAACGGAAAGCCAACAGGUUUAAAAGGACUUAAACUCAUUUUUGACACCGGAAGCUCUUACACUUACUUCAACAGCAAGGCAUACCAAACAAUAAUUAACCUGAUCGGAAAUGAUCUGAAAGUCUCACCGUUGAAGGUUGCGAAAGAAGAUAAGACCUUACCAAUCUGCUGGAAAGGAGCUAAGCCCUUUAAAUCUGUUCUUGAGGUCAAGAACUUUUUCAAGACCAUAACAAUCAACUUCACCAAUGGGAGAAGAAACACUCAGCUCUAUCUUGCACCCGAAUUAUAUCUCAUUGUCUCUAAAACUGGAAACGUAUGCUUGGGACUACUAAAUGGAAGUGAAGUAGGAUUACAAAACUCCAACGUAAUCGGAGAUAUCUCUAUGCAAGGGCUAAUGAUGAUCUACGACAACGAGAAGCAACAACUCGGAUGGGUUUCUUCAGAUUGCAAUAAGCUUCCCAAAACAUGA